AUGUCAGACAAGAACUUCACCACACCAUCGGUUCCAAAGUUCGACGGAGAUUACGAUCACUGGAGUUUGCUCAUGGAGAACCUUCUGCGCUCCAAGGAGUACUGGUGUGUCAUUGAUCCAGGAUACGAGGAUCUGAGAAGCGUUGCUGCCCCUGAUCAAGCACAACAAAAAGCCCUUGAAGAAGCAAAGCUCAAAGACCUCAAAGCCAAGAACUACUUGUUUCAAUCAAUUGACAAGACCAUUCUGAAAACCAUCACUCAGAAGGAGACGUCUAAGCAACUUUGGGAUUCGAUGAAAGUGAAGCAUCAGGGAGGUGCUCGAGUGAAGCGAGCACAACUUCAAAGACUCAGGAAGAGCUUUGAAAUACUGGAGAUGAAGAUUGGAGAAACGGUAGCCUGUUACUUUGGAAGAGUCAUGGAGACGACCAAUGACAUGAAGAAUUGUGGAGAAAAUAUUGAUGAUGUCAAGAUUGUUGAGAAGAUCCUUCGCAGUCUCACCGAAAAUUUCAACUUCGUGGUCUGUUCAAUCGAAGAAUCCAAAGAUAUUGACAGUCUCACGGUAGAUGAGUUGCAGGCGUCGUUGCAGAUACAUGAGAGCAAGGUGACUGAGAAGAAGAGUGAAGAACAAGUCUUGAAAGUGGAGAACAAGCCUCGAGGAGCUCGAGGAAGAGGAAAUUGGAGAGGAAGAAGCAGCUACAAAGGACGUGGGAGAGGCAGAUCUUAUGUGAAUAAAUCAGCCAUUGACUGCUUCAAUUGUGGGAAACUGGGGCACUACUCCUUUGAGUGCACCGAGAAGGCAAACUACGCUGAGUUUGAUGAAGAGGAGGAGCUACUGCUGAUGGCACAUGCAGACAUGAGUAAGACCGAAGGAAAAAAGGGUAUGGUUCCUUGA